AGGCAAGGGCCAGCAGGUGCAAUGGUCAGGGCACUUGGCUUGGGCUCGGUGCCCCCACAGCCGCCCGUCCGUGGCUGGCCGAAUGUGCUUUUAUGCCGUUCCAGGCUGCCUAGGGGCCUCAGCAAGCGUAGGCGGCCUAUACACACGUCGAUAAAGUAAAAUAAAAUAAAAUAGAUAACGAAAGUGGCUCACCUCGCAGGAAUGCUGUGCCACCCGAGGCCCAGGGGAAGGGCAGGCUAGAGCCUCACCUGUCUCCCCCUCUGGCCUUCCAGGGACCCGGGCAACUGCAGGAUGAUGAGACCUGGACGGCGCCCCCCGCCUCGGCUCCCCGACAGCGUCCUCAUCGAGAUCUUCCUGCACUUGGACUACGCGGACGUCCUCUCUGCGGGGCUGGCCUGCCGGCAGUGGCACGCAGUGGCCCAAGACGAGGUCCUCUGGAGAGAGCUCUUCUACAAGUACUACCGGGUCGCUCGGGACGUCCCGCGGCACCCAGCUGCCUCCUCCUGGUACGGGGAGUUCCAGCGGCUGUUCGACACCAUCCCCUGCGUCGAGGCGGAGACUCUGACGGAGCACAGCGACCAGGUCGUGCACCUGAGCUUCUCCCACGACGGCUGCCUGUUCGCCUCCUGCUCCAAGGACUGCACCAUCAAGGUGUGGCGCAACGACCUGCAGCCCUCCUUGCUGCACAGCGCCAGCCUGAAGGAGUUCAACUGGAGCUACACGCAAUUUUCGGAGUUCAACGCAGACGACUCGCUGCUGCUCGUCUCGGGGGUCUUCGCGGGGCCGCACUCCUCCUCCUCGUCCGGCGAGAUCGCAGUCAUCAGCUUGGAGGACUUCCAGCUCCUCUCGCGGGUGCACAACAAGCCCGCCGAGGUGUUCGGCUGCUGGCUCAACGAGACCCACCUGAUCUCAGGCAACCUGCACCGCAUCGGCUACCUCACCUCCUGCUCCGUGCUGUGGCUGAGCAACGCCUUCCAGGGGAUUGAGUCCGAGAACAUGAACGUGGUCAAGAGGCUGUUCAAGAUCCAGAACCUGAACGCGAGCACCAUCCGGGCCGCGAUGGUGGUGGAUUGCGGCCGCUACGGCCCCCCUGGCCCCCCGCCCGGGCACAAGGAGCCCCCGCAGGGCGAGGCGGCCGCCCCCUGCAGGGUCGUCGACCUCGGCAGCGACAGCGAGGACGAGGAGGAGGAGGGGCGCCCGCAGCGGGUGGCCCGGCAGCCGGGCCCCGAGGACUCCCUGUGGGCAGGGGCCGGAGGCGGGCUGGGCCACCUCCCAACGGACACGCUGGAGGGGCCCGCGCAGCCCGGCGCGACGGAGCUGGAGCUGGAGACGAAGGUGGCCCGGCUGCUGGCGAAGACCAGGACGCGGCCCCCGCAGCCCGACCUGCUCUCCGGGGCGGGCAGCGACAAGAAGUACUUGAUCUUCACCACCGGCUGCCUCACCUACCUGCCCCACCAGAUCGGGAUUAAGCAGAUCCUGCCUCACCAGAUGACCACCACUGGCCCCGUCCUUGAGGAGGAGAGGAAUUCGGAUAGGUUCUUCGAUUCCCUGGACCACGUCAUUGACUUCCAUGGGUGCAUCAUUGGCAUGGGCCUCUCCCCCGACCACAGGUACCUGUACGUGAACAGCCGCGCCUGGCCCCCCGGCUGCGUCGUUUCCGACCCUUUGCGGCCGCCCCCAGCUGCCCGCGAGGUCGACCUCCACGUGCUGGACCUGAAGACCAUGACGGAAGCGAAGCGGGUGCUGCGGGCUCACCGGGCCCACGCGCCCCCCGACGAGGGCUUCAUAUUCCUGGACGUCAGCAAAGAUUUCGUGGCCAGCGGGGCCGAGGAUCACCACAGCUACAUCUGGGACCGGCACUACGACAUCUGCGUGGCCAAGCUGCGGCACGACGAUGUGGUCCACUCGGUGGCCUUCAGCCCCGUGGAACAGGAACUGCUGCUGACCGCCGGCGCUGACAGCACCAUCAAAGUGUGGCGCUCGCCCCGCAUGGCCCGGAUCCUGCAGGCCGAGCGGCCCAGGCCGCGACGGCCCCUCCUCUCCUGGGCCACGAACCAGAUGCUGUGAGCCCGCUCACCCCGGAGGGCCUCUCCCUCGCCCCAGCUGCCUCGGCCCGCAGGUGCGUCUCCGGCGGUGGCCCAGCGCUCGCCAGCUGCCAACAUGGGGCUCCGCCGCCUCCGGCGAGGGCCGAGACCCAUCGGGAGAGCCGAGGGCUGGCGAGGAGGCCCGGCCUGCCUUCGCACGACGCUCACCGCUCGGCUCGCGCAGGCCGGCUCCCAGCAGCGUCUCCAGCGGGCCAGGGCAGCCGUGCCGAGGAGCCGCCUGGUGCCUCACGGCAAGCGGCCCGGCCCAGGGAGUGGCUCUCAGAGCAAAGCUUCAUGCUGCUCCGACAGCAGCCAGCCACGCACACCCACACCUGGCCCUGCUGCGCUGCCGGGCUGAGAGCACCACCACUGCCUUUUGGAGCGGAGGACGCCACUGCGGCGCGAAGCCGAGCGAGGGCUCCUGGCUGUGCUCCGGCCCGGAAACCUCAGGAUAAAACAGAGCCGGGCCGGAGGGGGGCCCAAGCCGGGCUGAGCCCCUUCCUGGCUCCCCACUGGGAGGGCUGCCUUCUGGCCACCCCCUCAGCGGCCGCUUUUCAGCAGCUGGUAGCGCAAGAGGGGCAGGAGGGCAGGUGUGGGGAGGCCCAGACGCUGGUGCCCGAGACCUCCAUAUGGAAAGCAGCCACCUCCUCCCAGCCCUCCAAGGACGAAAGCACCCAGAUUCACCGUUGCAUGCUGUGGACUUGCUCCCGAGAGCGCAGGGGGCGGGAGCUUCCUGCAACGCACAGGGCUUGCUCAGCGCCACCCGGCCGCAUUAAAGCUUCUCCAAGCACGA